AUGUUAUUGGAUCAUUAUCCUUGUCAUAAUGAUGGUUAAUAAUAGGUGGUUCACACAACAUUUCAAGUAAAAAUUACAAAAGAAAAACAAAUAACUUAUAUUUAGGACGGAUAAAUUCUUAAAUAAAAAUUUCUAUAUACCGAGGGUAGAAAGUAGUAAAGCCCAACAAAGUCAGGCCGAAUUAAAUUUUUGGAAGCUGUGCAAUAUCUUGCUAAUUAUAAUAAUAUCAUAAAUUUAUUAAUCACUCUGCUUAUGGAGAAGUUCAAUUUAGAACAUCUUAGGAGGAUUUUUUCAAUUAUAUAUAAGCAAAAUUAGAAAAGAAUAAAAAAAAGGAAAUUAUGGAUCCAAUACUUGCUAACACUUCAGAUAUUUUUGGAUAUUCAAUUACCACAGUUUAUUACAAGGUUCUCAAUUCAAAUUCAAAUACAACAUAUACUUCUUUUUGAAAGUGGGAGUAAAGUAAUCUAAAUCCAAUUAUUGAAUAUAUUAUAAAGUUGAACUAGGAAAAUCAAUAAUUUCCACAAUUUUAAGUAUUCACUUCAUACUUUUGAAAAGAAUUUCUUUGGCAAAGUAAUCAAUUUUCGAUAUCAAAAACGAAGUGUAGGAAUUUCAUUCUUAUAAACUUAUGAAAAAUUAUUGAGAAUUGCCUCUGUAAAAUUAUGUUUAACCAAUACUCUAUAUAAAAUAUCUAGAUUACAAUUCAUUAUAAGGGCAAUUAGUGAUAAAGAAAUUCUCAAGAACUGUCAUGAAAUUGGAAUCAGAUUAAAAUCUCUUGAAGUCGAACCUAAUUCCAUAAAAAGUGAAAAUAAUCAUAAUAAUCACAUAAUGAACAACGAACUUAAGUAAGACAUCAUAGAUAAUAAUCUAAUUGAUGAUUAGAAUUAUAAAGUAUUUAAAAUUGUAAUUCUAAAUUUUAAUUAUAUUAUAGAUACCUUAAACAUUAGUAGAUGUAUCCAAUCUAUGGUAUAAUACUAACAAUUAAAUCAAUCUCAAAGUCUGUUUUGGGAAAGAACUUACAACCACAACAAUCAAUAGAUGA